ACUAAACUGAGCGCCGUGUUCGCGUUCUGAGUGAUAUUCUCGCGAGACGUGAGCCGUGAUAUAAGAACCCUGGUCGAGCUGGAGGCUGCUGCACUCUCCCUGCGCUCGUGACUGUCUCCUGUGAUUUAAACUCAGUCUGACUGAAGAUGGCUGCUGGCAAUGCACAUAUCGGAAAACUGGCCCCGGACUUCACAGCCAAGGCGGUGAUGCCAGACGGAGACUUUAAGGAUGUGAAGUUGUCAGACUACAGAGGAAAGUAUGUUGUCUUUUUCUUCUAUCCCCUGGAUUUCACCUUUGUGUGUCCCACUGAGAUCAUCGCUUUCAGCGAUGCGGCCGACGAAUUCAGGAAGAUCGGCUGCGAGGUCCUCGCUGCCUCUGUUGACUCGCACUACUCUCAUUUUGCAUGGAUCAACAAACCACGGAAGCAGGGUGGCUUAGGAUCCAUGAAGAUUCCCCUGAUAUCUGACACACGACGCACCAUCUCCACUGAUUAUGGUGUCCUGAAGGAGGAUGAGGGCAUCGCCUACAGGGGUCUGUUCAUCAUUGACGACAAGGGUAUCCUGAGGCAGAUUACCAUCAACGACCUCCCAGUAGGACGCUCUGUUGAGGAGACCUUGCGUUUGGUUCAAGCCUUUCAGUUCACAGACAAGCACGGAGAAGUCUGCCCAGCCGGCUGGAAACCAGGAAGUGACACCAUCAAGCCCGAUGUCCAAAAGAGCAAAGACUUCUUCUCCAAGCAGUAAUAAGCCCACGGCCAGUGUCUGCCGCUUGCUCUAAGAGAUUUCAUUUUGUGAUUACAUUUCCACCAAUAUUUAACUCAGCCGCCCAGCUGGUUAAGACUUUUGUAGUCAACAUGUUGUGCGUGUGCUCUGUUGUCUGUAGAGUGAAUAGUGCACUUAUGACUCAAGUAUGUCAUUUUGUUACUCCACUGUGGUUACAUAUACUUAUUCACUGUCUGGCAGCGUUAAUGUCUGUUCUUUCAUGUCAUUCCUCCAUUUCUACCGGAAUGAAGCUGGAAUUACUCCUUAUGUUGUGUUUUCUAUUUUUCCAGGGACCAACAAAUGUUUUUUCAGCCAAAUAAAUAUCAUUGUAAAACACC